AUGCAGGAGGUUCUGUGUACGAAGAUACCGGGGUCUCCUCUCUCAGUUGUCGGGUUUGAUCAACAACUUUGCCGACUGGUCGACGAGAUGCGCUCGGCCGACCAACUGGAUGCGACAGGUCAGUUGGUGACUCGAUUGGCAGAAUGGCAGAGACAAUUGACCAGGCUACAGGCUUGUGCUGUCUCCGCGACUGGCCUUCGCGGAAAAAAAGGCGAUGCAGUAACCGCGAUUACAAAUCGUCUUUUUCAACGCCUCGACACAAUUAAUCCGUCUGCAGAUGAUAAGUGUGGUCCAUCGAGUCUAUUCCAACCUGAGCUAGCCAAGGUAAAACGAGUGAGUCUAUUGUAUUUAACUUCAUUUGGCUUUGUUAAAUUGUUAGAAAAUUUUCGGGUUUGGCAAUUUCACAUUAUAUCGUCCUUUGUGUAA